CCUGCCUCCUCGAUCGCGCACAUACUCCAUAGGCGUCCAGUCACUGUACCGCUGCUCAUGGGGCCGUCACCAUGUUCUACACCGGCCUGCUUCUGAGCGCUUGCAAAUCGCUACAAUCACACAGCGCUCCUUUCGCCUACUUAUGCGCUUGCCAACGUUCGAAGAUCCCGCUGCCUUGCGAGGCCCGCGACCCGCCAGAUCCUACCUUCCGCGCUUUCCGCAGCUGCUGUGCCACGCCCCGUGCUAAGGGCGACUAUCAUGCCAGGUCGCGGUACGGUGAGCUGGCCGCCAGUGACAGCUUGCAGCGGCCUUGUUCUGACCGCGGUAUCACUCAACGUGCGGGAGUCUGAUGUUGUAGUCGUAGGACAACGGGCCUUGCAUUCGGUCGAUACAGCCAUUUUCCCCCAUACUCCCCUCCUCUCUCGUCCCCAAUCGCCUACCCAUCAUAACCGUGUCGUGCAGUCAAUGCGCAACGCGAACUCUCUCCGCGCAAUCAAAAUAUAACGUGUUUUGAAUCAGCU